AAUAAUUGACGGACCGUUGAUUAAUAAAAAAAACUUGAUAAACGGGCAGCUUAUUCUAGAUCUGCCCGCCGUCCCUUGUUGAAGCCCUAGCUCAAUUUUCUCUCUCUACUUUGUAAGUUCUUUCUCUCUCUACAAUUCUUCUCUUUCUCUCUCCUCAAUUUCUUCCCUCAUUUCUAUAAUCAUUAUCAGAUCCAACGGUAAAAGUUUAAAUCCGGUAAUUUACCGAUUUGAAUUAGAUUUGAAGGAAAAAUGGGGCUUUCAUUCACGAAGCUGUUCAGUAGGUUAUUUGCGAAGAAAGAGAUGAGAAUAUUGAUGGUGGGUCUCGAUGCGGCUGGUAAGACUACCAUUUUGUAUAAGCUCAAGCUCGGUGAGAUUGUUACCACCAUUCCUACCAUUGGAUUCAAUGUUGAGACAGUGGAAUACAAAAACAUUAGCUUUACAGUGUGGGAUGUUGGAGGUCAGGACAAGAUUCGACCUUUAUGGAGACAUUACUUUCAAAACACCCAAGGACUCAUCUUUGUGGUGGAUAGUAAUGAUCGUGAUCGUGUGGUUGAGGCAAGGGAUGAGCUGCAUAGAAUGUUGAAUGAGGAUGAGUUGAGGGAUGCUGUCCUGUUGGUCUUUGCCAACAAGCAAGAUCUUCCAAAUGCAAUGACUGCUGCAGAAAUUACUGAUAAGCUUGGUCUUCAUUCCCUUCGUCAGCGUCACUGGUAUAUCCAGAGCACAUGCGCCACUUCUGGUGAAGGUCUUUACGAGGGAUUGGACUGGCUGUCCAACAACAUUGCCAGCAAGGCCUAGAUGAAGGAUCCGCCUGGCUGAGCUUAGGAUAUAUGGUGGAUUUUGAAGCACCCUGUUUAUGUGGGAGAUAAUAUCGAGCUUUUGGCCUUUGUUUUUUGUUUGCUAUGUUAAAAAAGAUCACAAGAGUGGUUGUGUUAAUGUGAUUAUGCUUAUGAAGGUUUUGUUAUGAUCAUAGAAAUUGCUAUAUGAUAUCAAUACUUUUGUAGAUUCAGAAUAACUAAAAUGUAUCUCAGGAAAGAGUUUGUUUCAUGUUGAUAUAUACUGUGACCGCGAUAUUCUUUGGAACAAUCAAUCCCAGUUCCAUCUUCCAAUUG